AUAGAGGUAGAGGAUAGCGGAGUAGGGGGGGAGGGGAGGUGGAGGAAGGAAAAUAAAGCGUGAAAUUUAUGAACCAAAGGACUUUGUCAAGUACAACAAACAAUACGCACGGGAUUUGGAAGUCAAAGCGAUCGAUUAGAAUAGAAAUUCCUCUAAAUCGAACAUGGAGAUUCACCCCAGAUCUGCAUAUGUCGGCCACAACCCAGCCACAUGUUUGCUCGAGGCGUCGUACGACCCUGGAAGACGCAUGCUUCCAUUCGUUCAUUCAUCUACAAGCAGACAGCGCUCCGAGCCGAGGGCACUCAUCCACCUUUCUUUUGAGAACCCUAAACGACGAAGACUCGAUGCGGUAGAGCGCUCCACUAGCGCCUACUGGCACCUACUGGCACCUACUGGAAACCACUUGCACAAAGCCUGGUACUCUGCCGGGGCUUUUUCACAGCAGAGCAAUGCCGACCGGAGUCUGGUUGCGCCUCCCGGGGCAAAGAAUUAUUCAGCGUCGUUAUAUCCUUCGCGCGAACCGACUGUCAAACGUUUAGGACUGGUUCGACCUGACGAGAUUUGCUGUGCCAUAAGCGUACAACGUCUUCGUACUCUGCAACAACCCGGGAGAGGAUUAGACGAAGGAGAACGAUCUGCCUUACUGAUACUUAGCGCCGAUGAAAAGUUUCGAGCAUGCGGCAGCCGUUAUGGGUGGUAUGCUCUGUACAGCGGCUUUCUGCCGCCUACAAUCAGUGCAGCUCGACUUGUCAUUAUACGCUACGGAAAUCAUGACUAUGCUGAUGGUUUUUACUCACAGCCAGUGAGCGAGCGGGAUGGAAUAUUCCAGCUAGAUACAAGCAGCUUACGGACUCGAAUGGUGCAGGGGCCAGUCAAUGCAUUGGCAAAGCGGAAUUACGCAUUGACAUGUGGAAGAAGGGGUGCAGUUGCACUGUCUCUAUUGGAUGGAGAACCUCCAGAUCGUUUUGUUCAGACCACGAGUCUGCUCAAUUUUUUGUCAAUGGGGGAGAUUCACAGUAUCGAGGACGUUGCAAUGCUCACCAUCUCAAAUUUACAUAGAUCGAAUAGGGUUGCAAGGCCUGCGAUGGGUGCAUUGCAUGAGUCAUGCCUCACGAAAAUCGCUAGAUUGUCUCGUGUCUCAGGUAUCCAGUACCUCAUUCCGCAUGUUGUGAAUGACCAAGACUACGGCUCUGAGCUGGCAUUUCAGCUCUCAAGCCUUGAGCUGAUGGAACCACGAGUAGGAUCUGAAGAGCUUGCUCCUUCAGCAAAUCGUUCCAGGGACGCGUGCGGAUACACUGUAUUGCGAGCUGCCUGCACCAAACUUGAUCCCGGUACUCGUAAAAACGUUGACUUUGCUGUUCUCGCUUUGCGUUAUUCGGGAACACUGUUAGGUUCCAGGAUUUUAAGGGAAGACGAACAUGAGUAG